AUGUCUGAUCAAACAUCAUUUACUUUAUCUUUUCAACCUUAUAAAUUAACAUUACGUAGUGCUUUUGGAACAGCUCAUUCAGUUACAACGGUUAGAAACAAUGCAUUGAUUAAAUUAGAUGUAACAACAACAACAUCAUCAGGUGAUGUCAUAACGAUUCAUGGAUACGGUGAAUGUGGUGUACCACCAAAGAAAGCAUUAUGUUACUUUGCUGAUUUGAAUGAUAUUGAAACUUAUUUCAAUGCAUUUGUCGAUACUGUUACACAACAACAUGUAUCACCAUCAUCAUCGCCGUCACAGUCGUCAACUAUUAGAUAUGACCCAUUUUCACAAUUGCCUGAUCAAUAUUUCAGGGAUUUAAGACCAACCUCUGCGAAUAACACAUCACCAUCUAUCUUUUACACUUUGCUGGAGUGUUUGGAUAAAUGUCCUUUAAAUAAUAUGGAUUAUUCACAUGCAUCUCAAUGUGCAAUUGAAAUGGCAAUCUUUGAUUGUUGGGGUAAAUAUUUAAAUCUACCUAUUUAUAAAUUAGCAUCAUUGGAAUGUGGAGAUGAAUUGAAACCAUUUUAUUAUACUGUAUCAUUGUGUCCUACGAUGAAGGAGAUAUUGGAUUGCAGUGAUUUUGGUGCAAAGUAUACAUCGUUUAUAAAGAUUAAAUUGGAUGAUGAUGUUGAAAAGGGAAUACAUAUUAUAAAGUCGGUGCUUGAACAUUUGGAGAAACAGUCAAAACCAGUCACCAAGAUAUCGGUCGACGCCAACUCGAGUUGGUCACCAGCCAGUGCCAUCAAAUAUUUGGAGUACUUGAAAACAAUCAAACAUCUCAUUUCAAUGGUAGAACAACCAUUCCCAGUAGAGACACUAAAGGUCAAGACAAAAGAUACUCCACGUAUCAUUGGUGAAUGGAAACAAAUCAAGGAAUUGUACUUUGAACAAGGACUCCCAUUGUUUGCAGAUGAAUCGAUAUGCACGCACGAGGAUGUUGCAGAGCUUGUUGAAUUAGUUCAUGGUGUCAAUAUCAAACUUGAAAAGACUGGUGGAAUUAGAGGUGCUUUAUUAGCAGUGACCGAAGCCAAAAAACACAAUCUAGAUAUUUGGGUUGGUUCAAUGGUUGGCAGUAGUCUCAAUGCCAACGCAGCUGCACAUAUCCUCACAUCAGUAUCAAAUUACGGCGGUGAUUUGGAUGGUGGAUUAUUAGUAGACGAUCAAUCACAAUUAUUCAAAGAUGGUUUUGAAUUUAAAGAUUUGGGGUAUAUUCAAAUUAGUUCAAAUCCAGGUGUUGGUGUAUUAAACAAAUAA